UUGAGCUUCCAGUUCCUCUAAAAGCCAAGGAGAAAAUACAUCUCUUGGUUUUUGGGAAAGACCGUCUCUUAGUGUUGUAUGUUUGCACCAAGGGGAAACUAAAUUGUUAUAUGUAUCAAGUCGGGGAUGUUGUAUUAACAUUAAUUACUGGUGGAAUAUUUACAUUAUCAAACAAAAAAGGUGGCGAACAAUACGACGUUUUGGAGAAAUCGCACUUAUCAACUGCAUCGUCUUUAUUUGUAACAAAGACGCAACAGCAAUUAGAUGAAAAAGCACAAACCAAGAUACUGAAUCUCCAGUUCCUCCCUACAGAUGUUAAAAACCAGUUUCGCAUGCAUAUAGAAGACGGAGAUGUGAAAUCAGUUCGAAGCUGUGGUCUUCUGAUUGGAAACAAAGUACGGCACAGUAUUAGACCAUCUAGAGUUCUUCAGAACUACAUGCCAAGCAAUGGGGAAAUGCCGUGCAUGCAUGAAGGUUGGGGGAUACCUGCAAAGACUGUCCUUGAAGCUGAUGACUUGUGGAAACAAGGCCCUUGGAGUACAUAUUGCAUGGCUGAGAAGUUUGUUACAAUGACAUACAAGAUACUACAGACACUUGUUGGAUUCAAGAAACAAGGUCGUUGGAUAAGGGGUAUAAACGGAGAAAAUGUGGUUUUCCAGAAAAAUGAUAUUCAUCACAGGUAUCCACAGUUGAAGGAUUGUCUGAUUCUAACAGAUGACGAGUCUGAAGAUACACGCUUCAAAUCUCUUGCUACAUUCAUUCAAUCUUCGAUAAAGUUUGACGAAAAAUUGUUGGAUCCAACUGUCAAAAGUCUACUCAAUUGUCUUAAUGAAAAGACUCCUUAUAGCAUCACUAUGCUCCAGCAAAAGAAGUGGAAGUACCUGCUUGGCCAUCUCCUUUUCAUGACUUCUGAUGAAAAGGCUACCUUAUUGAUCAGCAUGAGGGAUAGAGUGCGUGGGCAAAAAGCUAUUGAACUUAAAGUAGAAAUGAAGGAGCUCAUGCCUUCAAGUGCCUCUUGUAAGAGUUGGGAUAUAUUAAUAAAUCAGGAUCGCCUUCCACUUUUUUUCCAUGCCCGAGUCAAAAAGAUGAAAGCAAAUGCACUGAUGGAUCGGAAUGGGAUACCUAUUAACUAUAACAACUAUAACAAGACACAAGUGUCGGGAAUUAUUAUAUUUCUUAGAGACACGUAUGAGCAUGUCAACGACAUGUAUACAUUGGAUAAUGCUAAUGGGCGUUUCUAUUAUCCAGAAGACUUUGCAAAGUGCACUGAGCUUGUAGCUCCAGAAUUGCUUCCUAGUUACUUUGAUCAUCAUGUAAGUGGGCGUAAUGAUUUAAUGAGGUUAUACACUUAUACAUGUCAGCUUGGGCGUAAUGAUUUAAUGAGGGUAGCUUGAGGGAACGGUACGAGAAGAAGUUCUGGUGAAGGAUCU